AAUUAAGUAUAUUGGUAAUAAACUAGUACUUUAUAAAACAGAAUGUCAGGACUUGAAUUAGCAGCUGCAGCCGUGUUAGGAAGUCAAUUACUUGAUGCCAAAUAUCAUGUUAAAGAUGAUGUUUUAUUGAUUAGAAAAGUUGUUGCUUCCGCAGUACCAUUUUUAAUUAACUGUUAUAGAGGACGAGCCAGUUAUUGGUAUUAUUUUGAAAAAACUGUUUUCAAGUAUCCCAAUAAUUUGGCAGUUUCAUUCCCCCGUCCGUUGAAAGACGGACCAAGUGCUAAGAUUGAUGAAAAUGGAUAUGCUAUUUAUGAUGAUCAAUUUCAUUUGGAGCAAUAUACUUAUAAAGAAUUAUAUGAUAUGAUAUUACGUUUGAGUUAUAUUUUAAAAUUUGAUUAUGGGGUUACUGCAGAACAAACGAUUGCGGUUGAUUGUAUGAAUAAACCAUUAUUUAUUAUACUUUGGUUUGCAUUAUGGAAUAUUGGAGCAGUUCCAGCAUUUCUUAAUUUUAAUACUAAAGAUAAACCAUUGGUUCAUUGCUUGAAAAUUGCUAAUGUCAGCCAAGUUUUCAUUGAUCCAGAUUGUCAAGAACCAAUUAAAGAUACCGAAUCUUUAAUUAAUGAAGAAUUACCAAAUGUUAAAUUACAUUAUAUGAAUGAAGUUGAAUUAUUGAAAGUCUUGUCCGAUAAAACAAGACCAAAACAUCGGGCUCCGGAUCACACAAGAAGACCAGAAGAUUCUGAUCACUCUUGCUGUGCUUUGAUUUAUACUUCUGGUACCACUGGAUUUCCAAAAGCUGGGAUUAUGUCCUGGAGGAAAGCUUUUAUGGCUGCUGCAUUUUUUGGUUAUAUUAUGAAGAUUAAGAAAAAUUCAAAUAUUCUAACUGCAAUGCCAUUAUACCAUUCUACUGCUGCUAUGUUGGGAGUUUGUCCUGCUUUAUUAAGUGGUGCUUGUGUUUCGGUAUCUCAAAAAUUUAGUGCUACUACUUUUUGGACUCAAGCUAAAUUAUCUGGAGCCACUCAUAUUCAAUACGUUGGUGAAGUUUGUCGUUAUUUACUUAAUUCCAAACCCCAUCCUGAUCAACGAGCUCAUAAUGUUACUAUUGCUUACGGUAAUGGAUUACGUCGUGAUAUUUGGCCUGAUUUUAAAGAAAGAUUUCAUAUUCAAGGUAUUGGUGAAUUUUAUGCUUCUACUGAAUCUCCAAUUGCUACUACUAAUCUUCAAUACGGUGAAUUUGGUAUUGGUGCUUGUCGUAAAUAUGGUGCCCUUAUUAAUUUAAUUACUUCUUUACAGCAAAGAUUGGUUAAAAUGGAUCCUGAAGAUGAUAAUGAGAUAUAUCGUGAUCCAAAAACCGGAUUGGCUAUACUUGCAGAUAGAAAUGAACCAGGGGAAUUGUUGAUGAAGAUUUUGAAUGCUAAAAAUUCCGAACAAACUUUCCAAGGUUAUUAUGGUAAUAAGAAGGCCACUAAUUCUAAGAUUGUCCAUGAUGUUUUCAAGAAGGGAGAUGCUUGGUUUCGCUCAGGAGAUUUAUUGAAGAUGGAUGAUGAUGGAUUAUUAUAUUUUGUUGAUCGUUUAGGAGAUACUUUCCGUUGGAAAUCAGAAAAUGUUAGUGCAUCCGAAGUUGAAAAUGAAUUGGCUGGUACUAAAGUUGUUAAUCAAUCGGUUGUUGUUGGGGUUCGAGUACCAAAUCAUGAAGGUAGAGCUGGUUUUGCAGUUAUUGAUCCUAAAGAUGAGUAUUUGGAUACUACUAAACAUGAAGAAGUCUUGGCUAAAAUAUAUGAUCAUGUUAACCAUUCAUUACCCAAGUAUGCUGUACCACAAUUUAUUAAAAUUAGUAGAGAAAUUCAAGCUAGUCAUAAUCAUAAAGUGCCAAAGAAUCAAUUUAAGAAUUUGAAAUUACCAAAGGGAGAACUGGGUAAAGAUUUAAUUUACUGGUUAAAUGGAGAUCGAUAUGAAGAAUUGACUGAAGAUUCCUGGCUGAAGAUUAUGAGCGGAGCAUCUAAAUUAUGAGUAAGUUUUUUUAAUUCUAUUUAUAAGUAUGUAUUACAAUUAUAAACGUUUGAUUUUAAGUAGGUUAAAAUUGUAUUAAAUUAUUUAAUCAUAAGAGAAGCACCACCACCAGUAGAAACAUGAGAUAAUUUUUCAACAACCCCGAAUUUUUUAGCAACGGUAGCAUAAAUAAUUCUCUUGAUUUUGGACC